AUGAAGGGUGAUGUCUCGAAUUUACAGCGGGAGAUCUCACAGCUCCGAAAACUGGUGGAGGAGUACCGGAAGGGGUCCGAAUCGCCCAAAGAGCCUGUUACCCCACGGUUACGGUCAGGCGAAUCAAGCCUGAGGAGUGAGUUCGACUUCGCUCAGUCGUCUAUCACCUCCAUCCCUAACGGCCGCAGCACUUCUGGCAUCCUAGAGACAUAUGCCGCUCCAUUGCCAUCAGGACGGCCUCAAUCGGACUUGGAGGAGAGUGCACAGCGCACCAGUGGACCGUCGCCCUCUGAAGCAAACAUCGCUGGCGCCAUCUCUAGGGAUGGCUACCUCCAAGUCCACGGUGUGACUAGCACGUUCCACCAAGAAUCGGUCAGGACUGGUGAAGAUGGCGACACCUUGGAUGGUGCGGCCAAAAGUAAUGAACUUGAAUCGGUAUCUCACCGCCUGAUCGCGUACGCAGCCCUGCAGAAACAACAUGAGAACUUUCUGUUUUCAGACCCUCUCCUCUACAACAACCUUGACCUCGAUGGAGUAUCCCCCGAGACCGCAAAGCAUCUUCUGGACAUCCAUUGGAACAGACAGCAUUUCACCUAUCUCUUGACCUACCGACCCGCGAUCACGGAGAGUUUGCGGACUGGGGGGCCCUAUAUCAACAAACUCCUCCUCAACGCCAUAUACUACACAAGCUGUCAGUACAGUGAUCGGAAAUCGCUGCGUGCCGACCCAGAUGAUCCUCAGACCAUGGGAGCUCAGUUUUACCGCCGCUUCAAGGAAUUAUUGGUUGACGAGAUCGACAAACCCAGUAUUCCGACCGCCAUCGCCCUGCUGCUCUCAGGACAGUGUCUAGUCGCUUAUGGCAAACAAGGAGGAGGCUGGGUCCUUUGCGGCACCGCAUACCGCAUGAUAAUCGAACUGGGCUGCCACUUGACUGCUGACCCUCGACGGACGGAGCAAGGCUCUCUAGAGAUUGUCGGGACCGAAGUCCGUAAACGACUCUACUGGGGCGCGUUUGUGAUUGACAAGUUCCAGUCGCUAUAUCUCGGGCGAGCGCCGGCGCUGCGCCAGUCCGAAGCACGAGCCUCCAAGGAACUGUUGGAUGCUUUUGAAGAGUAUGAGCCGUGGUCGCCAUACGUAGAUUCCAAGUCUGACUCGUUCGACGUGGUCAUGUCGCCUCAAGCGCAUGCCCCUCGACCAGCUUACGGUGUGAGUUCGUUCAAGGCGCUGCUCCGCCUGGCGGAAAUUGCUACUGAGAUCAUGGACACGUUCUAUUCCAUGGAGAGCUUGAAGCUAGGUCAGAAAGCCGCGCUGGAGAGACGAGUUGAGUUUUUGCACAAGCUGGAUCGGUGGCAGAAGGAGCUCCCGUCCCAUCUGCUCUGCGAUCCAGAGGGGUCGCACAGUCCGCCUCCACACCAGCUGAAUCCCCAUACCACAUACUGGACCCUAGUGAUCCUGGUCUGGCGCCCGUUCAUGAGUAACGGCCACCUCUCAGCCUAUGCAGACCCAGAAUUUCGUUCUGUGGUUGAUAAAGAGUGCGCUGCGGCCUCGCUGAAAAUCUGGGCCCUGGUCAAAACCUUCAAAAACACCUUCACUCUGCAACGUGCGCCAUAUAUCCUGUGCUACGCAGCAUAUCACGCCGUACUGGUUUUAAUCCACUCGCGCGAAACCCGCGUCAAUUUCCCCGAUUGUGUGCCCUACUUGUGGUCUGCGCUUGUUGAUCUCAAGCAUGGCAGCCACGCCGGUCUCACUAGGCCGUUGCAAAUGCUGAAAUCGAAACUCACGGAGGAUGUGGUUGUGCCGUCGGAGUCUUAUCCCGCCGAGAAUGGCAAUGGGCGCGGCGCUGGGGCCUUUUGUGCCGGUGAUAUAGACAUGGUGGGCGAUCCAAGCGCAGGCGCAGGACCCGGGGCUGGUAUCGGGACCGGGGCUGGGAUUGGGAUUGCUAAUGCAGACUUCCUGCAGACUUUGGACCUUGACGCCUGGAACACGCCGUUCUGGCUGGAUCGGGUGGUUGGAAACCAGCUAUUACAGGAUGACUUUACAUUUGGGUUGGGCUCGAUGCCAUUUUGA